AUGGCGUCUGAACGAGAGAAAGUCCUUGUUGCAUCUCUUGUCCGCAAUGCGUUGCGUCCUGAAAAGGUUUUCCUUCACAUGAUAACUGAUCGGAAGACAUAUUCAACCAUGCACGCCUGGUUCUCUUUGCACCCUUUAGAUCCGGCUACCAUUGAAGUUAAAGGGAUGCACCACUUUGAUUGGUUCACAAAAGGAAAAGUUCCAAUAUUGGAAGCCAUGGAAAAGGACCAGAAAGUUAGGUCACAGUUUAGAGGUGGAUCGUCCGCAAUUGUCAAUGAAAAUACCACUGAGAAGCCUCGUGCCAUUUCGUCCAAGCUUCAAUCUCUCAGUCCCAAGUACAAUUCAGCAAUGAAUCACCUUCGUAUAUAUUUACCUGAGUUGUUUCCUAGCUUAAACAAGAUAGUUUUCUUGGAUGAUGACAUCGUCCUUCAAACUGAUCUUUCACCUCUUUGGGAUAUAAAUAUGGAAGGCAAAGUGAAUGGAGCAGUAGAAACAUGUAGAGGAGAUGAUAAGUUUGUAAUGUCCAAAAGAUUCAAGAGCUACUUUUUUUUUUUUGGUUUUGACACAAUCAACUGGGUUUAA